CAACCUUUGGACGUCACAGAGUCAUCGUCGCAGUUCUCUCAGAGGUGCCGGCAUCAAAUUACCAUGGAUCAAUCUCACAAUGACCCCGAUCCUUGUCCCUACCACGCACAUUGCACACCCGUGGACUUUCGAAUUGAUUGGUCAUGAAGCUCUGCGACGGGGGUCUGCUGUGUGCCACGGAAAUUUAUCAGUGACCCCGCACCUUCGCGUCACGCACAUCCAUCGCAGUCUUCGAGAUUUAGAGUGAUACACGCAAUUGCACACGACCUGACAGCGAGCGUCAUGGGGGUAUCGGAGGCGCAAGCAUUAUGCGAAUUCACUGACAAAGAGUGGAACAAAUUUCUGAAAGCUACGAGAACUUUGGUGGUGCUCUUCUUCGGUGUCGAAGCCGACCUCAAGGUCAAGGACGCAACUUAUCAGAACAAGGCGAAGGAAUGGGCGGAGAUAGCCCGCAGCGGGCUUGCAGAGGGCGGCUCCAAGUGGUCAUGGGACGACCUGUCGGAUGACGAUCAGGCUGCUGCUUUGCACAUCGUCAAAGACUAUAUAGGGAAUGGAAAGGAGGUCAACGCCCGUGGCUUCGAACUGCGCAUGACGGAGGCAUUCCGGUACCAACGAAGGAAAAUAGCAGAAAGCAGUGAGCACGACCGCGACGGCGUUAACAACGAACCUCUCCGCGGUGACAAUGGAUCUCUUCGCGGUCACAACGAAACCCUACCCUCGAUUCACAACUUAUUUGAUCAUAUGGAUAGCGGGAAUGAAAUGCGAUGAUGCGCAAUUCCCAGUGCCCAUGAUCGAUGCUUUGCAAUGGCGAAUGGGAAAGAACCGGCAGCAACGGAAUCCACAUCGGGACCUUUGUCAGAGCGUGUAUUUGGGCAGUGGCUUGAUCAAUGGGCACCCAGGCUGCCACAUAAGGUUAUGUGUGGAGCAACGAAGACCAUAACGAGCUCGUCUUCUCGUGCAUUGAACCUGGGCACAGCGAAAUGACAAGAUGUGGAGAGUACCGCGGACGCCGCGCGUGUGAAGGGGAGUGAUGCGUGCUGUGGACAUCGCAACACCAACUACUGAUUUCACUAUGUCACGGUCAAGUAAGCUACUGAUUGAGGAUCGCGCGUAUCUUUGGAUGAGGCAGUAACUUCGCUUUUUGUAUUCGAAAAUGCACUGCCACCCUCCUGGUCGUGACUCAAUGACGUGUUCUCUUCCAUGGAACUUU